AUGUGCCCCGAAGGACUGCCGCGCGCCGAGGCCGGCAGGGACCUCUUCGGGCCCGACCGGCGGCAGACCCUGGCCACCAUCUCGGAGACCCUGGGCGCCAUCAACACCGUGGGCCGCUACCUCGUCAACUACACCCGCGGCAGCAACAGCACCAACGCCAACGUGGGGCUGGCCACCACACUGCUGGGCACGCCCACCGUGCUCUCCGACGGCAACGACGACGUGCAUCGCGACCAGCGCCGGCCCGGCCGCUCCGAGGACCUGCCCGCCGCCAUCUACACCAUCAGCAAGAACGUGCUGGGCCGCAACGUGACGGACCAGAUCGCGCCGCUGGUGCGCGUGGUGGGCGCGCCGCUGGUCACCAUGACGACGGGCAAGGUGGUGACGGAGCAGCAGCGGCCCUCGUCCACCCCGGCGGGCGGGUCGCGGCCGUGCACCACGCCGGACGGCGGCACGGGGGUGUGCGACGACCUGAGCACGUGCCCCCAGCUGCUGCUCGACCUCGCCAACCUCCGCCAGUCCAUCUGCUUCAAGAGCCUCUUCGUGCCCGGCGUGUGCUGCCCCGGCCGGCCGCAAGACUCGUCGACGCAGCGGCCGCACCGGCCCCAGCUCAUCUACGCCACCAGCACCACCACCACCAGGCGGCCACCAAUCAUCCUCACGACGUCCAGCACCGCCCCGCCGCCGCCCAGCCCCGUCACCGCCUCCCUGCUAGACGACUGGGACCCCGAAGGUACGCGAAGCCAAGGCACACAAGGAGGGCCGUCCUGGAGGACCUUCCUGGACGACCUUCCUGGAGGACCUUCCUGGAGGACCUUUCUGGAGGAACUUCCACUGGAGGACCUUCCUGGAGGACCUUCCUGGAGGACCUUCCUGGAGGACCUUCCUGGUGGACCUGAGGACCUUUCUGGAGGAACUUCCACUGGAGGACCUUCCUGGAGGACCUUCCUGGACGACCUUCCCGGAGGACCUUCCUGGAGGACCUUAUCGAAUUACUCAAAGAACGGUUUGAACGCCGUUACCGCAGUUUUGCAUCACAAACCAUAUGGAAAUCUUCAGCUAUUCCCUUUCUUGAACAGUGUCCCAGUACGGUUCUCUGUCACAAAUUACUCUCCGAUUAUUUUUUUAAUUUUUGCACUGCGACUUCUAACUACUUCCGACCGUCUUCCUUCCAAUUCACCAUUUCUCUUCCCUCGGCACUUGGCAGACUGCGGGCAGCCCGAGGUGCCCAAGUUCCGCGUGGUGGGCGGCGACGAGGCGCUGCCGGGCCGCUGGCCCUGGAUGGCCGCCAUCUUCCUGCACGGGCCGCGCAGGACCGAGUUCUGGUGCGGCGGCUCCCUCAUCUCCAGCAAGCACGUCCUCACCGCGGCCCACUGCACCCGGGACACCCGCCAGAGGCCUUUCAGCGCGCGGCAGUUCACGGUGCGCCUCGGGGACGUGGACCUGAAGCGCGAGGACGAGCCCAGCGCGCCGGUGACGCACCAGGUGGUGGAGGUGCGCGCGCACUCGCAGUUCUCGCGCGUCGGCUUCUACAACGACAUCGCCGUGCUGGUGCUGGACCGGCCCGUGCGCCGCUCCAAGUACGUGGUGCCGCUGUGCCUGCCCUCGGCCCGCAUGCGCUCCGACACCUUCGCCGGCGCCAGGCCCACCGUGGUGGGCUGGGGCACCACGUACUACGGCGGCAAGGAGAGCACGGUGCAGCGCCAGGCCGAGCUGCCCGUGUGGCGCAACGAGGACUGCAACCGCGCCUACUUCCAGCCCAUCACGGAGAACUUCAUCUGCGCCGGCUACUCCGAGGGCGGCAAGGACGCCUGCCAGGGCGACUCCGGCGGCCCCCUGAUGCUGAAGCGGGAGGGCCACUGGUACCAGGUGGGCAUCGUUUCGUUCGGCAACAAGUGUGGCGAGCCCGGCUACCCCGGCGUGUACACCAGGGUGACGCAGUACCACGACUGGAUCCGGGAGAACACCAUCAACUAGUCAGCUAUCUAACUUAUUAUUGUCUUUCCCUUUUUGCAAUGUCCUUUGCGGCUUUGUCCAACUGUUAAUUUAUAUGGGAGGAAAACCCUUUUGUGUUGUGGUGGAAAAAAAGAACUCGCGUACGUCUCUCCGGUGACUUGAAAAAAAAAGGAUCUUGUAUAAAAAUUUGACUGUCUAAAAUGCGUAAUUUAUUAAGUCUGCUUUCGCUAGCCGUGAUGGCGCGUCUUGCCCGAGGAAAAUGUCAUUAUUUAUUGAGACUCAAUUGACAUGACGAGUAGGCAUUAUAUGCCAGAGAAGUGUGAAUUACAUUGUAUUUGUGCUCACU